AUGUCUCUCUCUCUUAAGCAUGUCGAUGCUUGUCUCCCCAUAACAGCCUUGAAGGCGUUUACUUGGGGCGAUAGCAGGUUUAUAUUCCAAGGACAGGGUUCAUUCUUUCGUGUCAUUGACGAGAGGACCGGGGAUGUGGCGGCCCAAACCCAGACAUUCAGACGCAACAAUGUCCACGGGUUCAUCCCCCUCAGUCAUGAUCCUCACCAUGUUCAGGUCAUUGUUUGGGGCGGCCAGUCCGUACGCGUGGUGAAUCUUUACUUAAAAUUUGAAAAUUCAACCUCGCAUGCCUCGAAUGUUUGGAUAUCGUUGGCCACUGCCGAGUUCCUUGCCCCAGACUGGAUCAUGAACGGAUGCGCCGCCGUCGACAAUGCACUCGACGCGGCUUAUUUGGUUACCGCCAACAAUGCAGCGUUGAGUCUGAAGCUCGUUGAAACCGAGACCGGCAAUUACGAGACCGCUAUUCACAUACACCAGCUAGUCACAAGCGUCAAGUCUAUGCUGUAUUCCGCCGACGUGAUAGUCCUCUCUGCAUCUCACGUCUUGGUUGCGGCCGGAACGGUCUUCGGGGAGAUCAUCGUCUGGUCCUGCUUUUUGGACCAAAGCAAAGCAAUUGGUUCCAUCCACCAUUUCUUCACUGGUCAUGACGGCUCGAUCUUUGAUGUGCGCAUAUCGCCCCAGAUCUCUUCUUUGAAUGAUGGUCAAUCGGGUCGGCUCUUGGCGAGUUGCAGUGACGAUCGAACUGUGAGGAUAUGGGAUAUCUCGGACUGUGAGCAUAAAAAUGCACUGGAUCCCUCUGCAUACUCCUCGGAUGGCUUCGAGCUUCGGUGUACUGGAUUUGGUGCCGGUGCGGGCGAGGAUCAAGUCACCGGUUCUGAAUCCUGUGUUGCAAAGGUGUUCGGUCACGAUGCUCGCAUAUGGGGUGUUCGUUUUCAUCCCAUCAGGGAAAAGAGCCAAGCCAGAUUGGGUCUGGUAUCUCAUGGCGAGGAUUCUGCAUGCAUUAUUUGGGAUCUCAGCUGGGAGUCGUCACAACAAACGACAAAAUAUCACCUUCGAGAAAUUUCCUCGGUCCACCAUCACUCUGGAAAACACAUCUGGUCGCUCGAUCUUUGCGCCAAGGGCAAAGAUACAGCCGUUUAUACCGGGGGUGCAGACGGUGCAUUGAAGAGCUUCACAAUCAAUGGAGUCGACAGAACAAUGAAGAAGCAGUCCAAAUACGGAGGAUGGAAAUGUUUUGACUUUGUUGCACCGGACUGUCUCAUUGCCUGUUCAACUAGCGGCGAGAUUCAACUGGGGUCUGUAAGUUCAGAUACGGACGUGGGUGUCGCCUGGGAGACACUGUGCCUUUUUGAAGAAUUUCGCUCUUUUGUUGUCCUCUGCGGUAUGCCCCAGAGAGGGCUGGCAUUGAUAAGCAACAGCCAAGGCCGGAUCCGACUGUAUAAUCACAGCGAGAAGUCAGUUUCUGAUCUUCUGGAAACUGGUGAACGACCCUUUGCCCUGUGGCCUCUUGAUGACGGCUCAUUUAAGAACGAGAAGCUUUCAUUCCUGGCUUCUUUUCUAAAAGAUGACAAGGCGACGCUGUUUACAGUCACGGGCUGGAACAGUGACCAUCCACAAAUUGAGACGUUUGAGAUUUACCUGCCACCCCCAUUUACGGUAUCAUGUGCAUCCUUGGUUUUUGGUGGUCGAUAUCUGAUUCUGGGAUCCAAACUCGGUGGCUUGACCGUCCAUCGAGUUUCAGGGGCUAGCAAGUCUCCGCAGCCACUGGUGAACGACCGACGCGGUCAUGGCCGUGAAGGUGUCUCGCAAAUUAGCGCGGUAUCAUCAGAGACCAGAACCGACGGCUCCGAGCUGGAAUACUUGUUGACCUGCGGCCGAGAUGGAAACUUUUGUCUUCGUGAAAUGGAGAUCAAAGAAAAUGCAGAGAUGUCUCUGCAAUUGGUGCAUCGCACAUCGUCUUCUCUUGGCCAAAACAUCUGCGGAGGUUAUUUCGAUGCAAAGACACAUGAUCUAAUGCUGUACGGCUUCAGAUCGCAAGAUUUUGUCCUGCGAAACGAAUCCAAGCAAAUGGACCUCAUAUCCAUCUCAUCCGGUGGUUUCCGCCGUAGCUGGGUUUUUCAGCCCGGCACUGAAGGAAUUAAGAAUGCCUUGCUUCUGUGGAGAGAAGGAACAGUUCUGAACAAGGUUUGGAUACAGGCCGACAUUAAUCGUUCCCUACGAGCUGGAGGCCAUGGGCGAGAAAUCAAGUCUUUGGAUGUCUUCAAUCCCACCAGUGGAGAACAACUGCUAUUCGCUACUGGCGCGGAAGACACCACUGUGCGUGUAUUCAGGCCGUCAGCCACUUCACGCGCAAGCCCGUGGGGGAGUUUUGAGUCUCUGCGCUUGCUGAAUACGCACAACUCUGGGAUUCAACAGGUCAGUUGGUCGAAGGAUGGUCGCUAUCUUUUUACCAGUGCUGCCUCCGAGGAAUUUUUUGUCUGGAGAGUCCGCUCGAUUCCUUCAUUCGGGGUUGCCACCAUGAUGGUGGCUGCCAGCCCUAAGGAUGAUCCGAAGUCCGAUCUUCGCAUAACGAGCUUCGAUGUGUUGGAUGUGAAAGGUGAGAGCGUAAACCAGGGGUUUCUGCUCUGUCUUGUUCUCUCCAACUCCACGCUCAAGAUAUUUCACUUCUCCCCCUCUGGUUCUACUUUCACUCUCCUUGCCAGAGGGAAAUACAUGACAAACUGCCUGACCCAAGCGCACUUUGUGCUGAAGGACUCAUCCUUGAGUCUGAUCACGGCCGCGACUGAUGGAUACUUCACUCUUUGGGACCUCACCACUGCCCUUGGCCCCUUCUACACAAUCGCGUCGUCUACUCUGGCUGCUAGGCCAUUAUUUCCUUCUAUCCCACCAGUGGAGAUCACCUGCGAGAAUCGAUAUCAGAUCCACUCCAACAGCAUUAAAGUCAUGGAGCUGGUGUCUCUAUCAGACACAGCAACUCUGAUCGUGGCCGGAGGAGAUGAUAAUUCUUUGUCUGCGUCUCUUCUAAGUACGUAUCCCUCUGGACCCAGUACGAACACGCUCGUGGGUACCGUAUCUGUUCCCGAUGCCCACGCCGCCUCGGUAACAGCCGUCAAAGUUCUGGGUCAGUCGCAGCAGUCAGAUCAAUCAUCAAGUAUAAUGCUUGCAUCAUCGGGCAACGAUCACCGAGUCAAGAUCUGGUCCGUAACUGCGGAUCCCGCGCUGGGCGAUAUCCGCGUCGAAUACCUCUUAGACAGAUAUAGCUCUGUGGCUGAUGUUUCGUCGCUGGGUCUUGUGGGAAAGGAUCAGCUUGCGGUCAUGAACAAUAAUGCAUCUGCGUCUGAUGGAGCGAAGCCAAAACUUUUGGUCUGUGGCGUGGGCAUGGAACUAUUCGAGGUGGACUUGCGGUGA